AAUUUGUAGUUGUGCGCGGUAAAGGGGAUUUUGCGAAAUUUGACCUUGUCUUUACUCUGUUAGUUAGUUUCGAGAACGCAAUAAAAGUGUAAUUGCUCCGAUAAUCUUCCCAGUGAAAACACAAACACAAAUGUAUUUUUAAAAAUAUGAAUAAGUUGGUUCUGUUUCAAAUUUUGUCAUCUGAAGGAGGAUCCCAGCAAAUUCUACUUGUGAUACAUAUGAUCAAAAACAGAUUUCAAAAGCUACAGAAUAAUUAGGGCAGUACAUCAUGAAGUUCUCUGAAGAUUCAAGUGGAGUGCUUCAUUUAAAUUCGACUUCGAAUAAAACAGUCAAGGAAUAUGAUUGCCAAAAGGUUGGCAUAAAGCAUUCAUCCGUUGGAGAUGUAUGUGACGUUGUUGUAAGUCAGAAAAAUAUUAAUGAAUCCAAAGAAAGCUCAAGUGAUGGACAGAUGACGUUUACUUCAGCUGGUUCGCAUUCAAACCACUCAAAUUUACACAGUUCAAGUGAAUAUCCACAGAAAGCAAGACGGUCGCUUUUAGACUGGGACAGUUUUAUAAAUCUACCUAAAAAGCCUCGAAAUCUGUCGUUAAAAACUGAUGAUUUAUCUCGAACGUUAGUUACAAAAACGACAGAUUCAAGAUCUCCAAUUAAAUCAAAACAAGAAGGUGAUAGUCGUGCAUCCCCUUGCUUAUCUCCUAUAAAAGCAAACGAAUUUGUUGGAAAUGUAAAGUUAGCACCUCUUCGGUGUAGUACAGAACAUGACAAGUUAUUAACUAAUGGUGGCUAUUCGUCUUCCGAAGAACAUCACAGUAAAAGUGUCCCUGCAAGGGGAGGCGAAUCAUCUGAUUUCAGCAGUCCUGAUUUCACUUUAUCAAGUAUCCCAGUUAAAAACCGUGCUGAAACGAGAAAACGAAGAUCGUCCCAUUUUGCCACUGCCUCCAAUGACUCCGAAGUAUCUUCAGACCAGCUAGAUAUACACUCUCAAAGGCAGAACCAAAAAAUUAUCAUUGGCAAUCAUAACAGUAAAAAAAGAAAGUUGUCACCUUCAGUUCGAAUUCGCAGAACAAAAGACACUUUUACAUGCAUAGCAAAGGAAAAUUUGCACAACGGUGUGCAGUCGCCUGAUUUUGCUUUUGAUACCGGUAAUUCAAUACAUUGUCAAAAGGUGUCAUGUCGCUCUCUAUGUGGUGCCUGUGAUCAUGAUAAUCAUAUAUCUAAUGAAUUAAACUUAAGAGAACUCAGCGGAAGUAUUGCAUCUCAGCAAAAUCAUUCAUUGGCCAAUAAUUCAUUCACGAUUACUCAUGUGGCAACACAACGGCCAUCUUUAAGAUUGAAAAAGUCAUCCAAACUUCCAAAGGAGGAGCUUAUCUCAACUCAAAAUCAAAGUAAUUUGGCUAACAAGUCCGUUUUUCAAUGUUUGUACUGCACGCGCCCAUUCUCAGAAAAACGAUAUCGACUAAAGCACAUGAUUGCUUGUCGGUUGGCUCCAAAAAACUUAACAAAGAAAAAAUUACACGAAAUUGGUCGAAUGUAUGAGUCUUCAUCGAUUUCAUCGGGAAGCCCUAAUCUAGUUAAUAAUGUCGAUGAAGAGAUAUCAAUAAGUAAUGGAGUUAUUUGUCAAGCAAAUCAGACUCUUCAAAACGGACAUUCAGACGAAAUAGAAAAUACUAUAAAAAAGGAUAAAAACUCCCCUGAAAAUUCAUAUCAAAAUAAUCCAAAGAUGAAUCAUGAUGUUGACUCAAAAUCAAAUCCAAUCACUCCUUUUCUGUCUACCACUACUAAUCCAUUUAUUAAUUCUGAUGAUUCAUUAAAAACAGAUCGUAAUACCUUAACUACUAAUACAUUUGAUUCUCACUUAGUCACAAAACGUUCAGAAAAUAAUUUAUCUUCUAAUAAUAAUGAACCAUAUGAAUCCGAUGAAGAUAUUUGGCAAAAUUACAGACCCUCUUACGGUGGACCUUAUACAUGUUCAUUUUGCUAUCGUGUGAUCCAUAAUCGUUCAAACUUUUCUAGACAUAUAGCCUCUUGUAAGGCUAGGAUUUCACUAAGUACGCGCAGUACCCCAAAAUUAAAGCCUGCCGUACGGAGAAAUAAACGCAAAUUUCAUUUUGUGUUUACGCCUACUCACAAGGUGACACCACAGUUGAAGGAUUUAAGAAAAGAGUUAUUCAAGGGUGGAAUUUCGAAUACUGAGCUUAAUAAGGUUGAUCACCGACAUUCAGAUGGCGAUACAGACAAUAAUGAAAUUGCAAUGAAUUCAGGUGAUAAAUCACUGGAUCCUCGUGGUCUUUCUACGUUAGACAAGAAUGUGACUGCUUUAGUAAAUUCAGAAGACUCACAACAUGAUUGUACCGAUGAACAUCUGUUUUCGACUGGAUGUCAUCAGGACAACCCCACUGAAGAUGAACAGAAGAAUCGGAUGUCUCCAUCGACGAGUGGACUGGAGACAUCAGAAGAAGCAACGACAACGACAACAGCAACAACAACAAUGACGACGACGACAACAACAGGGACAUUGAGUGAACAAGAUGCUUCGAAUGAAAAUUCAACUGCUACUCCCUUCAAAUGUAACAUGUGUUCAUUGAGUUAUCGCCAUAGAACGUCACUUUUACGUCAUGCACGUCAAUCGAACCACAAGGUGGAUCUGAUUAGGACUCGUAAGAGAACAGACUAUGUGAAGAAUAAUAACUCUGGUAUAAGGAAAUCAGGGGAGUGUUUGAAUGGUGGUGGAUGCAUGGAUAAUGAGAUGGUAUCGAAUUUGACAUGGGAAGAAUGUUCAGAGUCGGUGACAUUGGAUUCCAAAGUUGUUGAGAAUGAGAAUAUCGGGCAGGUAGUUGGUGAGGUUGAUCACCGACAUUCAAAUGGCGAUACAGACAAUAAUGAAAUUGCAAUGAAUUCAGGUGAUAAAUCACUGGAUCCUCGUGGUCUUUCUACGUUAGACAAGAAUGUGACUGCUUUAGUAAAUUCAGAAGACUCACAACAUGAUUGUACCGAUGAACAUCUGUUUUCGACUGGAUGUCAUCAGGACAACCCCACUGAAGAUGAACAGAAGAAUCGGAUGUCUCCAUCGACGAGUGGACUGGAGACAUCAGAAGAAGCAACGACAACGACAACAGCAACAACAACAAUGACGACGACGACAACAACAGGGACAUUGAGUGAACAAGAUGCUUCGAAUGAAAAUUCAACUGCUACUCCCUUCAAAUGUAACAUGUGUUCAUUGAGUUAUCGCCAUAGAACGUCACUUUUACGUCAUGCACGUCAAUCGAACCACAAGGUGGAUCUGAUUAGGACUCGUAAGAGAACAGACUAUGUGAAGAAUAAUAACUCUGGUAUAAGGAAAUCAGGGGAGUGUUUGAAUGGUGGUGGAUGCAUGGAUAAUGAGAUGGUAUCGAAUUUGACAUGGGAAGAAUGUUCAGAGUCGGUGACAUUGGAUUCCAAAGUUGUUGAGAAUGAGAAUAUCGGGCAGGUAGUUGGUGAGAUGAAACAAAUAUCUGAAACUCAUUCAUCAUCCAAUAAUUCAUGUAUCCUAACUGGAAAGACUUAUUCUCUUGGUUUACGAAGUCGCAGACUAUCAUUACAAUCUAAUCAAAGUAUCCGGAAUAUAGAAACUCCAUCUAUUAUAUCAAAGUUAAAUAGAAGAAAAAAUAGAUCAGUUUCUCCAUAUUCACUUCGUCAUCCACGUAUCGAAGAAGAAAUAUCUAAAUGUAGUCGUCGAUCAUCGGUGUCUACACAAUCUUUAAGUGAUAAUUUAAUUGACGAUGUCAAAUCUAUCAUCUCAAAUGCAACAACUGUCCCAGCAUCUGAUUGUAGUUUAAAAAUCAAUGAAUCGUCAUCAUUAUUUACUUGUUCUUGGUGUAAUCGUUCUGGAUUUAAGUGUUGGCGUUACCUUCAAAUACAUCGUGCACGAUGUUCAUCUCAUCCAAAUCGAUCCAAUAAACAAAAAUCUAUUUUAUCGACGAACAAUAUUUCACAAGUUAAAACUUCUGUAAUUUGUGAACAGUGCAAUCGAGAAUUUCGAUCUGGAACUGGCUUAAAAGUUCAUCAAACUUUAAUGUCUCAUCAUAAUAAUAAAUCAUUCAUUCAUAAAAAUGAAUUAUCUAAUAACUUAUUAUCACAAUCUAUCGCUUGUCCAGGCUGUUCACAUGAUUCACCAUUAUUUGAAUCAACUGAAAAAUUAUUAAAACAUUUACUAACAUUAAAAUCAACAAAUACUACUACUAAUACUAAUCAUCAUCAUCAUACAAAUCGUAGUCAAUAUUGGCCUACUGUAUUAUCAGUGCCUAAUUUAGGUUAUGGUUGUCAUAUAUGUGGAAUGUUACUUGCUUCAGAAUCACGUUUAGAUAAACAUAAAAAAGCUGUUCAUGAAGUAUGGCUUUUUCAAGAACAACAAAAUAUUAGUCCAAGUAAAAAACUAUCUACUACUUCAUAAAUAUAUUUGUAUUUAUAUUACGUGAUUGUUAUAGUUGAAUGUCUUCAUUUUCUCUUUCCUUUUUCUUGUUUCAAAAACAUUAUUAGUAUUUUAUCAGACAUAGUUAUCGUUUUUGUAAGUAGUCAACUAUCUGUAAAUUUGUGUAAUAACGAUAAUGUGUAUAUUAAUCUCUUCUUAAUUCUUUCUCUUUCAAAACUUUUUCUCUAUUAUUACGUAAUAAUAACAUAACGAUGAUGAUUAGUAAUGAGAUACAUUACAAUGAUCAGUCGAAUGAUAAUGGAUCAAGACGAUAUGAAUAUUUGUAAUUAGUACUUAUUUAUGCAUUCAUUCAUGUAUUUUUGUGUGUACUGUUUCUAGGCUUUUUUUAAUUAAAAUUUUUAUUUAACCUUAUUUUUCAAAAAAAAAAAUACAUAUUUUCUGUGUUAGAUAUACUAGUGAAUAGGAUUAUUUUUAAAAAUAAUGAAUGUAUAUUAAAAGAAAAAUACUCAGCAAAUUUUUCAUCUUUACUUCGUUAACUCUUUAACUUUUUUUUUUCAAGUUUAAACUCAGUUUUCACCACUUUGCCUUUGUAUUCCUCUGCUCACUCAUUCACUCACUCACUCUACUUAAUUAUUUGUGACUCAUUCCAUCUUAUCUCUGUAAACUUACUAUCACAUCAUUAACAUCUUUCAGAAGUAAAAAAUCUUUUUUAUCAUAAACAAAUCAGAUGUAUGUUUUUCAGUUUAUAAGAUUAUUAUGCUUUUUAACUAGUACUGUUAUCAUUAAUUAUAAUUCUAUUAUGUACAGUUUAUAGUGUGAAAAUUGUUUUGCAUCUUUAGUAUUUGUUAUUUUGUUGUGUUUUCUCCCUCUCAGCGUAUUUCUUCUGUUCUCUUAGAAAACCACGAGAAAAUUGUAACUGUGGCAAUGAAUAGUGAGAGAUGGCGGAGAAAAGGGAAAAGAGUUUCUUUUUUUUCUGCUUAGGAUUUUUUAAUGAAUCGUUCUUUUGUAUGAAAAUAAUAAAUUUAUUCGUUUGCUUUUUAUCAUUGUUGUUGUUGUGGUGGUGGUGGCGGUUAUAGCUGUACCAUUUCUAGUGGAUAUAUUUUAAUGCAAACACUUCUAGGUUUGUGUUUCAAUUAUUCCCUCCCUCUCCUCACUCGUCUACUCUGUAUUUUUUAUUUACUUAUUUUACAAUGUGUAUCAUUUUCUCUUUUUGUAUGUGUAAAAGAGAAUAAAUUUUUUUUUAAUGACAAAAACUACUUGUAUUCAAAUUAAGUUAUAGUUAAGUUUAAGAAAAAUAAACGUCAU